UUACUUUUUCCAUUUUCCAACACAGUUUCGGUUCAGCAUGGUAAUGUCCAGCUCCGACAAUUCUCUAUAUUUCAGGCGUUUAACCACCGGUGUCGAGCAUCGUAGUCUCAGCCUCCCGCACCAUCACUUUCUCUGGUGUUCGUGCUUUCUCUAGUUAUACAAUGCCAAGUUCUUUCGUCUCCAAUGGUGAAGCCGCCGUCAAAUCUUCUCCUGCGGCGGUGUCCGGACGGGUCUCCUCAGUGUAUGCUGAAGUUCAGUCCAGUCGUAUCGACCACACUCUGCCUCUGCCUUCUGUGCUCAGAAGUUCCUUCACGAUCGUCGAUGGACCCCCUAGCUCUGCCGCUGGCAAUCCAGACGAGAUAGCCAAGCUAUUUCCUAAUCUUUUCGGCCAGCCAUCGGCAAAAUUGGUACAAAGCAAUUCCAACAAAGCUCAACCGGACAAGAAGUUGAAGAUUGGUGUCGUGUUGUCUGGAGGCCAGGCCCCCGGAGGACAUAACGUGAUUUCCGGAAUUUUUGAUUAUUUGCAGGAUCAUGUCAAAGGCAGUGUGUUAUAUGGCUUCAAGGGUGGUCCUGCCGGGAUUAUGAAAUGUAAUUAUGUGGAAUUGAAUUCCGAAUAUAUUCAUCCAUAUAGAAAUCAGGGUGGAUUUGAUAUGAUAUGCAGUGGGAGGGACAAAUUUGAAACAACAGAGCAGUUCAAACAAGCUGAAGAAACUGCAAAAAAGCUUGAUUUGGAUGGGAUUGUUGUGAUUGGUGGAGAUGAUUCCAAUACAAAUGCCUGCCUUCUUGCUGAAAACUUCAGGAGUAAAAAUUUGAAGACCCGGGUUAUUGGUUGCCCCAAAACAAUUGAUGGAGAUCUAAAAUGCAAAGAGGUGCCCAUAAGUUUUGGAUUUGAUACAGCUUGCAGGAUUUAUUCAGAAAUGAUUGGUAAUGUCAUGAUAGAUGCUAGAUCAACUGGAAAAUAUUAUCAUUUUGUGAGGCUUAUGGGACGUGCUGCUUCACACAUCACCCUAGAGUGUGCUCUGCAGACUCAUCCAAAUAUUACUAUUAUUGGGGAAGAGGUUUCUGCUCAAAAGCAAACGCUGAAAAGUGUCACAGAUUACAUUGUAGAUGUAGUCUGCAAACGUGCAGAACUUGGUUUUAAUUAUGGUAUGAUACUUAUUCCGGAAGGCCUUAUUGACUUCAUCCCGGAGGUACAGCAACUUAUUGCAGAGCUAAAUGAAAUUCUGGCCCAUGAAAUAGUUGAUGAUGAAGGAUUGUGGAAAAAGAAACUCACUAGUCAAUCUCUUGAACUUUUUGAGCUCUUGCCUCGAGCAAUCCAAGAACAAUUGAUGCUUGAGAGAGAUCCACAUGGAAAUGUUCAGGUAGCUAAAAUAGAAACAGAGAAAAUGCUCAUUCAGAUGGUUGAAACAGAGUUGGAGAAGAGGAAGAGUGAAGGUGCAUACAAUGGUCAAUUUAAAGGGCAAUCUCACUUUUUUGGAUAUGAAGGGAGAUGUGGUCUACCAACCAAUUUCGAUUCUACUUACUGCUAUGCAUUGGGUUAUGGUGCUGGAUCUCUCCUGCAGAGUGGAAAAACUGGACUAAUAUCAUCUGUGGGGAACUUGGCUGCUCCCGUUGAAGAAUGGACUGUUGGUGGGACUUCAUUGACAUCAUUAAUGGAUGUGGAGAGGAGACAUGGCAAAUUUAAGCCUGUGAUUAAGAAGGCAAUGGUCGAGAUUGAUGGUACCCCUUUCAAGAAGUAUGCAUCAUUGAGGGAUGAGUGGGCAUUCAACAACCGAUACAUUAGUCCUGGUCCUAUUCAAUUUGUGGGUCCUGCAUCAAAUGCUAUUAAUCAUACUCUCCUCCUGGAGCUUGGAGCUGGAGCUUAAAGAUAAAUCCUUACCCAGUAGUUUCGACCCAAAAUUUAUUUCUUGAGGAAGUUCAAAGCCUGUUUGGCCUUUUUAUGCGAUAUUUUAGGAACCUAGUUUUCUUCAAUUUCAGCUUGAUUAGCAUUGCUCGGUGGCGUAAGAUGCUAAUAAAAAAUCUUCACUGUUUUGGGGUAUGAUUAUGAGUUCUGUAAGUUUAAUGGGUUCUGACCAUUAAAUUUUUUUGAAGGAUAGGGUUGCUGUCCAAGGACCAAAUGCUAAAAUUUCCAAGAUUAUCUGACUAUGACUGCAUACCAGUUCAAAUAAUGGAAAUCGCCUAACAUAUUUGAA